GGCAAUCAGUUCAACACCUUUGGAAAUGGUUCUUAUGAAGGAAACAUUGGACUGUGUGGAAUCCCAUUGUCAAAAUCUUGUGAUGGAAUUGGGACACCACCGAGCUUCUUCCAAGAAAAAGAUGAGUUGUGGAGAUUUGGCUGGAGGGUUGUUGUGUUAGGCUAUGGAUGUGGAGUUGCUUUUGGACUGCUGAUGGGAUGUAUUGUCUUCCGAACAGGAAAACCAAAAUGGUUUGUGUCUUUGUUUGAUGGCCGACCAAGUCAAAGUGGAAGGAAGAUGAGGAAAGCCAGAAGACUUGUUCAAAGAAGAAGCUAAUUGCAGAGUUGAUGUUUUAGAGCUUCUGAUUUAAUGUUUCCUGAAUAAGUGCUUUUCGGGUUUGAAGUUCUUGUUAUGGCUGGCAUUGGCUUGUCUAAAAUUGUCAGCCCUCUCUUGUCUUUAUUAUGCUUUGUAAUUUUAUCUUUCUUUAUUGUAAAAUAUAUUUGAAGGUUUAAG